AUGGCAAGAGUACAAAGUGAUAUCCAAAUGAAAAAAUCUUUAAUCAAUGAAAACCAAAAAGAAACUCAUAAACUUCAUUUAUCAGCACCAAUAGUUAAUAAUUGUGAAAUCUAUGAAUCCAAUGAUGAUAAUAUUAGAGAGGUUUGUGAUUAUAGUGAAUAUAAUAGUAGCACUGGAAUAGAUUCCACAUCAGAAGAAAUAGAUAUUCAAUCAGAUGAUGAUGACAAAAUUGAAGUUACAAGAGAAGGAGAACGUUGGAAUUCUAUCAUAAAUGAAUGGAUAAUAAUGGUUCAACAAGAAAAUCAAUUUCAUAAUGAUGAUGAUGAAUACAUGUAUUCUUCAGAAUUGGAAAUAGGGUUUGAAUUAGGUGGAAGAAGAGUACAUCCUGCAGAAGACAAUUUGAUGAAAUGGUCAUUAGAAUCCCUUUUUAUUGAUGAAUUGGAGUCACCAACUUUUCUGGGUAGUGAUGUUAUUUUUACUGGUGCUUGUUGA